AUGCGUCUUGCAGAAGAUAUGGAAGUUGCAGAAGCGACACGAACGGGCCAAAGUAGGGUUGAUUUGCUUUUGGGUGGUCAUGACCAUGAAGUUGUUCGACGGUUCGGUGGUGAUACGAAUACAGACCCAGCAACGAUUGAGCAGAGCCACAAUAACGAGGAUAUUAGGACUGACGGUUUCAUCCGUGACGCCCAGGGUGAUAUUCGGAUUAUCAAAAGUGGCACGGACUGGAGAGGCUUGUCACUCGUACGGAUGAUGGUAGAAAAAGAUGAGAAGGGGAGUAUGAACGUCUCUUCAGUCGAAGUGAGGCAGUGGAGCAAUAUUGAGGGCGCAGCUUCGCUCGUCUCGAUUCCAACCUCCGGAAUCAGCGCGCUGUUGGACUCCAUUCACAGUCGUGUGGACGCUCUGGUCCAGAAACCCCUGUUGCACUCAGGCACCUCGCUUGAUGGCCGUGGCUCAGUCGUUCGCAGUGAAGAGACAAAUCUAGGCAAUAUGUUAGCGAAUGCGGUUCGGGCUUUCUAUGAUACAGACAUCGCCUUCUUCAACAGUGGGUCGAUUCGCUGCGAUCAAGUCCUUGGUCCAACAAUCCCGAACGGUUCGCCGUUACGUCUGUCCAUUCGAGAACCCUCUGCUGGUCAAAAGAAUCAGCGGUGGAAUCCUACUGCACGCCAUGGAAAACUCAAUCGACGAUAUGCAUCUGGACGGACGCUUCCUCCAGAUAGCCGGUCUACGCCUGGUGGCCACCUGGGGACGAAAGUCGGGACAUCGCGUCUUAGAGAUGUUCCUCGACCGGCCUGGUACACUGCCGCAGAAGAUUGA